CCUGCCAACUAAGAUGUCUUUUUGUUGUGUAUUUUUGCAGGUUUAAAACUCGCUUUCCCGAAGACUCGAGGCGUCGAGGACUUCGACCCCAGCUACUCAGUUGAUGUUUUUUUUCUUCAAGUAAUGGACAUCUUAUUACCAUUUUUGCCUCCAGAUUGUUCUUGAGGGAAAGGCUAGCCUUUUAGCUACCACAGCCACACCUAGUAGAAAUUUUGAAGCAGGGGUUUGUCUUUCAGAAAUGGAGGGCGUACCAGUGAACCCCAAAGAGAUUUUGAAGGGAGUGGAGGUUCUGUUGGGGAAGGAUGGAGGACUCUGCAGCCUGGAAGGAGUCCCAAAGAUGUUCAGCCUAAUGAAAGCAUCCACUAAAAUGGUCAGCCGAUGUAUGUACCUUAACAUCCUACUUCACACAAAGUCCCAUGAUGUUCUAAAUAGGUACAUCAGAGUUGGUGGCUACAGGCUGCUAAACUCUUGGCUCACCUACUCAAAGACCACCAACAACACUCCUCUGCUGCAGCUCAUUCUGCUCACAUUGCAAAAGUUGCCCCUCAAAGUGGACCACCUCAAGGAGAACAACACAGCAAAGUUGGUCAAGCAACUGAGCAAAUGUGCAGACACGGAAGAACUAAGAAAGUUAGCAUCCGUGCUUGUUGAGGGAUGGAUGGCAACAAUUCGCUCACAGAGUGUAUCAAGCAGUGCCAACAGUCCGGCCGAUAAAAAAAAGAAGAAGAAGGAAGACUCUAAAGUCCCAUUACGUGACGUGAAGGACAAAACUGGUGACGAGGAAAAGAAGAAAGACAAGGCUAAAGCCCACGCGCCAAGCCAUGCAAAGAUUCGUUCAAUAGGUCUAGAGAUGGACACUCCAAGCCCCGUCCCCACUAAGAAACCCCCUGUUGCUCCGCAGCUGGGAGACAAGUACAACAUCAAACCUCCACUCUUAAAGAGAUUAAGUUGUGGUCCGUUUGAUACUCCUCCACUGGAGAAGAAAUACAAACCUUUAAAUAUGCCUUCCAAUGCGGCCAAAGAAAUCAAAGUCAAGAUCAUUCCUGCACAACCAAUGGAGUGCACAGGGUUCCUCGAUGCACUUAAUUCUGCUCCUGUGCCUGGUAUCAAGAUCAAGAAGAAGAAAGCCGCUGCUGGUUCACCUUCGAGUGCCAAGGCUGUGUCCCCAACCUCCAACAAGGCGAGUCCAUUUGAUGGCAAACCAUCCACAUAUUCCUCAACUUCUGCCAAACCGUCAUCUCCGGAGGCCGCUUCUUCAAAUAUCCCUGAAGAAAACCAGCAACCCGAACGACCCGGAACCCCGGUUCCUACUGAAGAGCCAGAUUCUAAGGAUACUGGAGAUAAGCCUAAUGCUUUAUCGGAGCCUCGUGGAGAAGAGGAUUUGACCAAGAAGGGCAAAAAGAAGAAGACAGUUCACUGGGCUCAUGAGGAUCAUCUCAAACAUUAUUACUAUUUUGACCUGGAUGAGACAGAGAGAGUCAACGUUAACAAGAUCAAGGACUUUGGUGAGGCAGCCAAACGGGAGUUGAUGAUGGACAGGCAUACAUUUGAGAUGGCCCGACGGCUCUCCCACGACACGAUGGAGGAGAGGGUCCCCUGGGCACCUCCCAGACCCUUAACACUGCCUGGUAGCCUGGUCAACCCCGGCGCCAACAGCACGGAAAAACUUACCCAGCGGGACCGUGAGAUGGGCAUCUUGCAGGAGAUCUUCCUCAGUAAAGACAGUGUGCCUGACAGUCCACAUGAACCAGACCCAGAGCCUUAUGAGCCCAUGCCUCCUCGUCUCAUCCCUCUGGAUGAGGACUCUUCCAUGGACGACGGCUACGCGGAUCCCAUGGACACCACGUCCCAGCAGGUUCCCUCCAUGGUUCACGAGGGCUCCAAGCUUCCGCCCGUCCUUGCCAACCUGAUGGGCAACCUUAACAGCUCCUGUAGCCCACAAAAUACAAACACUGUCAACAAUGCUGUCACACCAGCCGUCAACGUGCAGGAGCUGCUCACGUCUAUCAUGGGUGCGUCCGGUAACCAGUCUACUGAAGACCUAAUUAAGCAGCCGGAUUUCUCCGAUAAGAUUAAACAACUUCUGGGAUCACUGCAACAGAACCAAAACCAGGGCCCACCUCCAGUCAACAUGGGUAUGCCGGGUCACGGUCCAGGAAUGAACAACAUGCACAUGCAGAUGCCCAUGAACGGCGGCUUCCCACCCAACAUGCCGCCGGGCGGUCCCCGCUUCAACCACCCUCCGCCCCCACACAAUCACGGGCCUUUCCACUCCGGAGGAGGCCCACGCAUGAUGGGGCCACCGCCGGGACAGGGCCGCGGAGACAACGGCAACUACUGGGGAGAGGACUCCAUGAGAGGAGGGCCACACCGGGGUGGUCCAUUCCUCCGAGGAGGAAGGGGUCGAGGUGGAGAACCGGGUUUCCGAGGCCGAGGACGGGGGGGUCUCAGAGGAGCACACAACAAUAUGAAUGACAUGUCCGAUCGGGCGAUUUGUCGCCACUUCAUGAUGAAGGGGAACUGCAGAUAUGAGAGCAACUGUGCAUUUUACCACCCUGGUGUCAACGGACCACAUUUACCCCCCAAUCACCAUGCCAACAACCACUGAGCCGCCAUGCUGGCCAUGUUGCAUGUAAACUCUACAUUUCCUUUUUGUCAAACCACUGCAGAGUGAAGGACUCCAAUUAUGUGAGCUGAUCACCAAUGGCACUGUGGUGUUUUUUUUAUUAUUAUUAUUUAUAGUGUUGAAUAUGUGUACCAGUUCGACUGAAACCUUCACAGCUCGACCACUAAGUCUGCUUGUCACUAUCCACAUCAGAAGCAUGUCCAAAAGAAGUCUCUGUAAUUCAACAGAAAACUUUCCCAUGUCCUCUUCCAAUCCUCCAACUUUCAGUCGGCAAUUCGCAGGAUUGUUUGGCAGCACUUUAAAAAGAAAAGGCCAAUGGAGUUCCGCCGUGUGCAUGAUUUUAACGUGGCUUGAACAGGUUGACGUACGGCCUUUUUGUCCUCAGGACCAAAAGGAGUUGAGCCUCGUUUUCCCUUUGGUCCCAGCAGCAAGUGAAUGUGCUUCAAGAUUGUGUAAGAGCUCACGUGUGCUCGCCUACUAAAGCGUUGCUUCCGCAACAAAGUACAUCAUGACAAACACCAAUGGCAAUUACAGCGGAUGACCUCAUCAUGGGUUUGAACGUCAGUAUUAUUACAAAGCAUUCUGUAGGUCAGCUGUUAAAAGUGUUUUCUGUGAAAACAUUGUCCUUUGCGUCUCUUGUGGGACUGUAUUUCUUUUGUUUCCUCCAUCUUUUAUUUUGAUACUAUGUUCAGCUGUCGACCCUUUUUAACGUGGGUCCAAUAUGAAGUUCAUGCGAUCAUUUUUGUUUGGAUUAUUUUGUACACUGUAAUAAAUGGAUGUUAAAAUAG